AUGACCGCCGAAGCUGCAACCGACAUCCUGCAGCGCCGCAUUGACGAGCAUGCGACCCGACGGCCGCAGCAGCAGCAGCAGCAAGGGCUUGCGGCCAACAGCGGCGCUGGCGGGCCGCUCGCGUGGCUCCUCGCCGCGGCGGCGGCGGCGGCCGGGGGCCCCGCUUCGCCGCCGCCCGUCUCCGAGGUUGACGGCCUGUCGCGCCUGGCACUGCUGCUCGCGCAUGAGCGUUCCAAGGGGCAGAGCUCGGACUGGUGGCCCUACAUCCAAAGCCUACCUGACACGCCGCCCUGUGCAUGGAUGUUGGAGGAGGAGCGGCUCGCGGAAGACCUGGGGGCGCUCGCGGCGGCCCGCGGGCUCAGCUCCGGCGCCCUGCGCGGCUGGGAGGCGAGCGUGCAGCAGGCCGGCGCCGCGGCGCGCGCGCGCGCGGCGGCGCUCGCGGCGGCGUACGGGGACGCGCUGGGCGUGGACGCGGCGGGGGUGGCCUGGGGGAUGGGGCACGUCGUCAGCCGCGCCUUUGGCGGCGGCGACGACGUCGCGCUGGCGCCGCUGAUUGACAGCUGCAAUCACAGGCAUGGCGCCGGCAAGCCGUGGCCGCUGGUGCUUGGAGAUAACAAUGAGUCCGGCAGUAGGGUCUCAGGGGUCGCCCCAGAGUCAUCGGGCGGCGGCAGCAGCAGCGGCGACGAUGGCCUAGGGGUCCUGGUGUGCGUGACGCCCGAGGUGGAUGGCGAGGUGCAGGGGCUGGAGGCGGGGGAGGAGCUCUGCAUCACCUACGGCUCCAUCUCGGGCGGAGGGCGCAGCGGGGAUGGGGGCGGCGGCGAGAGCGCGCUGAGCGUGUACACGUCGUUUGGGUUUGUGCCGGAUGGCGUGGACCUGCAGGCAGAGGUUUGA